AUGGCCAUGUCCGCAGCCUCCGCCACCGACCGCGCGCUGCGAGUGCGCGAAAACUCCGAAAAGGCCGUCCGCAAAGAGAUGACCGGCGUGCCCCCCGACGUGCCCUACACCGUGCUGGAGCUCGUCGGCAAGGGCAGUUUCGGGAGUGUCUACAAAGGAAUCCACAACGAGACCAAACAAACCGUGGCCGUCAAGUCGCUCGACCUCGACCAGCACGACGACGAGAUCAAAGACAUCCAGAAGGAGAUCGCGCUGCUGUCGCAGCUCAAGGCCGGGGAUGCGCCCAACAUCACGGCCUUCCACGGGAGCUAUCUGCUGGGGCACCGGCUGUGGGUUAUCAUGGACUUCUGCAGUGGGGGGAGUGUGAGGACGUUGAUGAAAGCGGGGCCCGUCGACGAAAAGUACAUCACAAUCAUAGUGCGCGAGACGUUGACGGCGCUGGGCUAUCUGCACAAGCAGGGGAUCAUACACCGCGACAUCAAAGCGGCGAAUAUACUUGUCGGACAAGACGGGCGAGUGCAGCUCUGUGAUUUCGGCGUCUCCGCGCAGCUCGCCGGCAAGAACGGGAAGCGCAACACCUUCGUCGGCACGCCGCAAUGGAUGGCGCCCGAAGCCCUCACCGGCGGCUCCUACGAUUCACGGAUCGACAUCUGGUCAUUCGGCAUCACCAUCAUCGAAAUGGCCAAACAGAACCCCCCCCUCUUCAACAUCCCCCCCUCCCGCGUCGUCGACAUGAUCCCACGCCUUCCCCCCCCGCGCCUCGAAGGCGGCACCUGGUCCAACCCGCUGCGCGAGUUCGUCGCACUGUGCCUCAACGAGGUGCCCGAGGAGCGCGCAACCGUCGACGACCUGCUGCGCUCUAAAUUCGUCAAAGCCUCCAAGGGCCUCCCCUCCUCACUCAUGCGCGAGCUCAUCGUGCGCUACGAGGCAUGGGCCUCCCGCGGCGGCGUCAGAGACAGCAUGUGGCAGGCGGCCCUCCAGAGCGACAUGGACCAGCUCAACGCCACGCUCGCAUCAGAGCCCGGAUGGGACUUCGACACGGUCAAGAGCCGCCUCAGCGGCGUGUCCGAGUACAUCAAGCAGGAGAUGAGCGGUAGCGGCAGCAGCAGCAACGUCAGCACGCUCAAAGCCGCGCCACCGCCCAUGCCCUACCGCGGAGCGUCUGAAGCCGCGCGCCAGCGCGCCGCCGAGGGUCUCGUACGACUGUUCCAGAGCCCCGAAGAAGAGGCUGCUGCCGCGGCGGCGGCAAAGCCAACGCCGGCGCCGGGCAGCCUGGGGUACGAGUCGUCGUUCCGCAGCGAUGCCAGCAGCCGCAGUACCACGCCCGAGAACAAGGUGUCCAUGAUCUCGAUCCCCACAUUCGACGACAACGGUCUGCGGGUGCCGGAGAAGCGCGCGGCGAGCCCCAACACCGGCGCGAAGCCCGGCACGCCCACGCCCACGCCUCCGCCGCCGCCGAUAGUGCGCAUCCGGCGCAACCGCGCCGACUCGGCGGGGGCGUCGGUGCACAGGCCGAACCUGUCGUCGUCGCCCACGCCGCCGACGCCGGUCGAUGAUCGCGCGGUCUCGCCGUCACCGACGCCCACGCCGACGCCGCCACCACCGCGCCGCCCGAGCACCGCGGCGUCGGCGCCUUCGUCGCCACCGCGGAAUCACUAUAACCCACCGCAGCUCGGCCUCAAGUCGCACCACCUCCCGUCGAAGUCUGCGCCCAACAUCGCCGUCAUCCGUGACGGGCCACCGCCGCUCCCGACUAUCGCGCCUACGCCGCCGCCACCACCCGCGGAUAUAACGAGGGGGCGGCCGCCUGGGGGGAGGCCGGGGAAUCUGAAUCUGGAUUUGCCGGCGGCGGCGGGGAUGCUGCCGCCGAGUCCGGGCAGGCCGUGGGGGGGGGCAGGCGGGACGGGGUUCCCGGUGAUUGAGCCGUUGGAUGUGGGCGUGUUGCCGCUGGAUGGGGGGGAUCCGAGGAUGUGGGAGGAGCUGGAUAGGGUGCUUGGGGGGUUGGGGGAUGCGUUGGAGGUUGUGCAGGUGGGGUUGAAGGGGAUGAGGAGGAGAGGGGGGGAGGAGGAGUAG